AAUUAAUUGUAGAUCUGAGUACAAGUAUUUAAAGACAAGGUGCCUCAGUACAUAUUAUAAUAAACUAUUUAUUGUUUAUAAUAUCUUCAACGGUCUCCUUCUCUCUUCUUCUUCUUUUCAUGUUGGUAAACACAAGUCUAGUACUCCUUAUAAAGUCUUAUAAAGCCUUAUAAGUCUGGCAGCUUAAUUAUCAAGUCUGGCAGCUUAAUUCUGCUUCAUGUCAACACUCGCAAGAAACAUGGAAGUGAUGAAGAAAUUUCAAGACGAGAUCCGUGACCGCCUUGGCAACGGCAAGGAGAGAAUCACUGAAGAAGAUAUCGGUAGAGUUCCUUACUUGGACCUCGUGAUCAAGGAAACAUUCAGAUUACAUCCAGCAGUUCCGCUUCUGCUUCCAAGGGAAACUAUGGCUCACAUCAAGGUUCAAGGCUAUGAUAUUCCUCCCAAGAGACGGAUCUUGGUCAACGCUUGGGCCAUAGCCCGAGAUCCCAAACUCUGGACAAACCCGGAAGAGUUUAACCCCGAGAGGUUUGUUGAUAGUCAUGUGGAUUAUAAAGGACAAGAUUUCGAGCUCUUACCGUUUGGCUCUGGUCGAAGGAUGUGUCCCGGGAUGGCUAUGGGGAUGGCUACUGUUGAAUUGGGACUCUUGAACUUACUUUAUUUCUUCGACUGGAAGUUGCCUGAUGGGAUGACCGAGAGAGACAUCGAUAUAGAAGAAGCCGGUACUCUUACGGUUGUCAAGAAAGUACCUCUCAAGCUGGUCCCAGUUCUUAGUCCACUGAUUACACCUAACUCCAGUUCCAGAAAAUGAAGAAGUUUCAAAUAGAUACACUUUCUCUAGUAAAAUAAGGAAAUGUGCGGCAAGUAUAAAAAACUAUCAGUAAGAUUAUGUGUAAAAGCCUGAAUUAAUGGCUCCGUGGAGAAUAGAGUCUGUGUUGUCGAUAUGCUUCAUUAUACACUCUCAAACUUCUUUUAAGCCUUGCGACUCUUUGAUAUGACUGUGUGACUGCAUUGAUCACUAAGACAACAUUA